AUGAAGAAAGUUACUCAACUAAAAAAGUUAAUGUUUGCCUACUGUGAAAAAACUGUAAGUAUAAAUAUUGUUAAAAAUGAGAAAGGGGAACAACAACUUGGUUCGAUUAAAGUAUUAGACGCACUGUUUAAAAAUACUAUACUGGAACUUGAUCACCCUUAUGUCAAAAUUCAUCCAGAACGUAAAUACAUGGAUAAUGAUAAAACACUUUUACCGAUUGGUACCUAUCCAAUGAAAUCAAAUCCUAAGGGUCAUGCAUUGUUUUUAAGUAUUAAUGAUAUAAAAGAUAAUGAUGAAAGAACAGGAUUAGAUGUUAACAUGGCAAACUUAAAUAGAUUAUUUAAAGGCCUAGGAUAUAUUGUUCACACAAAAGUAGAUGUAACUGAAAAGGAAAUUAUAAAUGUUAUAGAUGCAUUUGUAAAUAUAUGCUAUAAUGGAAAAGCUAACUCCAUUGUUGUUUUUAUAAUGUGUCAUGGUUAUUCUGGAAAAGAUUCAACCAGAUUAUCGGAUGUAUUUACUACGGAUGGCUUUACUAUUAAUACUGACUGGCUCAUUGAACAAUUCGUAAAUAAAGGCUUAACCAUAAAUAUACCCAAGUUAAUUUUUAUUGAUGCGUGUCGAGGAAGAAAUCAUGAAUUUGGCUGGAAAUAUUGUGAUGGUGGAAAUAAUUAUUUACAAAAUAGGAAUAAACCUCCGACUACAAUUAGAAACCUCUAUUAUAGAGACGUGUUCAUAGCAUAUGCCACACUUCCUGGGUGUACAGCAAAACAUGAUCCUUUAGAUGGGUCAUGGUUUGUACAAAAAUUGUGUCAAGUGUUUCGGGAAAAAGCUUGUGAUACUGAUUUGUUUCAAAUGAUUCAAUUGGUGGACAUUGAAUUAGAAAAACUGAAUAGCAUUGAGCGUGGGUUUCAAACAGUAGAAUGGAUUUGCAGAGGUUUCAACAAUAUUUUUUACUUUAAUCCAGGCUUAUACCACGAUAAUUCAGAUCAUAAUUGAAUGACUACUUUAAUCCUACAAACAUUUAUUUGUUUUUAUGUGGUUUACGAUUUCUCUGCAGCGGUUAUCGUCGACAUCUGGUCAGACGUCAUGCUGUUCCAUUAUUUGACGGUGCAAGGGAACACAUUCCUUUACGCACAAUUUUUACUUCAACAAUACAUUUAA